UCGGAAGUAUUAUUUUUAUUUUUAUUAUUAUUAUUCGUAUAGUUUAAAUAAUAUUAAAUUGUCAUAUUACAUUUAUAUUUAAUGAUGACUGGCAACAAAUGUCAAUUUUAUAAUUGCGGUAAAACUAGACGUAAUUACCCUGAUUUACAUUUGUUUCGUUUUCCAAAAGAUGAAAGGUGUGAAAUUUGGGUUGAAAAUUCAGGAAAUACGAGUCUAUUAUCUCUCACCAAAGAAAAAUUAUAUUCACGAUACAUUUGCCAGGAACAUUUUGCACCUGAAAGUUUUAUGAAUUCUUUUCAAAAGAGAUUAACACAUGCUGCUCUUCCUUGUAAAUACGUGUCUUCAGAACUACCAUCUACGUCUUCAAGUGUUAACAAUGAUAUCAAACAAAAUGACCUUAAGCAAGAUUGUGUUACGGUAGUAUCUCUAACUAAUACAAAUAUACACUGUACGUCUGAAACUAAAGAAUUAAGUUCUCCAAGCUCUUCCUCAAAUAAUUGCACUUCUCAAGAAUCUCAAUUAUCAGAAAAGCCCGGCUCAAAUUUAAAUGAAAAAAAUUCUCUCAAAGUGUCAAAAUUAAAAGAAAAAUUAAAAGUAAAAAGCAAAUUACUUCGUAAUAAACUAUCUCAUAUUUCAAAAUUAAAAAAAAAAAUUACCAGUUUAAAGGUGAAAAGUAAUUUUAAAAACUUACUACUCACACAUCAAUUUCCAUCUGUCAAUUCGAAAGCUUUGGUAACAAUGCAGCUGAAGAGAAGAGGUGACCCUUGGACUUUAAACGAAAAAAAUUUGGCUUUAAGCAUAUUUCGUAAAUCUCAAAGUACUUAUAGAUUUUUACAUUCCCUUAAAAUUAAUUUACCAGGGAUAUCAACGAUUCGUCGUUGGAUCGGGCAACCAAAGUUAUUAACUAGUCCAAGUAAAUUAAAUACUUGUUCAAUUCCAAAUGAUAUCAAGUCGAUAGAAUAAAAAUACAAAGCAAACAAUUUUUAAUUAAUGGCAUGUAAAAGAUUUAGUUUAUAUAAGUCUUGUUUUAAAUAAUUUGACUUCGUUGAAGGGUUUAAAAACUUGAGAGAUAUUAGAACAAAACUAUUAUUAAUAAUUGGUCCUUCAUUUUAAUUAAAAAUUUUUUAUUCGAUUCAU